AUGGCGAAUUCAGACGAGAAGGCGCCAUGUCCAAAGUGCUCUCCACAGUCAUGGUGUGGCUUUCAAAAUUCAACUUACAGAUCUGACUUCCGACCCCUAGAGUGCUGCCGACCAGAGCCGUGCCAUCUAAUAAACAACCUUAAAAUUCCGGAUGGGGAUAUUUCCUGUAGAUCCGGCUAUCGCGAAGACUACAGAGGUGCUGAUUCCUGCAGGCCAAAUCUUAUAAUUCGACCCGACAAUCUGACAACUUUAGAAGGCCCAAUAAGCUGCAAUUCGCAAUAUAGAACGGAUUUUAAGUGCCACGACUCUGAAAGACCUGCUCCCAUCAAGCUACCAGAUAACCUGGUAGUUCCGCAAGAUUCAUUCACUUGCAAUACGCUAUAUCGGACUGAUUUUAGGGGACACGAUGGCGAAAGACCCAGUCCAAUCAAAUGUUUAGACAAUAUCUCUCUUCCAGAUGCUCCUUUUAGUUGCAACACAAAUUACAGAACCGAUUUUCGAGGACAGGAGUGUGAGCGACCUGAUAUCAUACGAAUUUCUGAUAACCUAACAAUAUCUGAUGGUCCAUCUAGCUGUAAUACGCAAUAUAGGGUUGACUUCAGGGGACAUGAAUGUGAAAGACAAGGAUUAAUAAAGCUCCCAGAUAAUUUGACCCUGCCUCAAGGACCUUUUGGAUGCAACACACUUUAUCGGAACGAUUUUAGGCAUCAAGACUGUAUAAGGCCGAACCCCAUUAAAAUUCCAGACAAUUUAAAGGUUGCUGAAGGAGCGAUGAGUUGCAAUACACACUACAGAACGGAUUUUAGAGGGCAUGAAUCAGAUCGACCUGAUCCGAUAAAGCUUCCGGAUAAUCUAUCCACCUCUGCUGAUCCAUUCAGUUGCAAUACUUUGUACCGAACAGAAUAUAGAGGACAUGAAUCUGACCGACCAGAUCCAAUAAGGCUCCCUGAUAAUUUAAGUGUUGCAGAGGGACCAAUGACUUGCAAUACUCUCUACAGAACGGAUUUUCGAGGACAUGAUUCUGAGAGACCGGAUCCGAUAAGGCUUCCAGAU